AUGUGUGCACAGGGCAAACUACGUGGGGCAGCGGCGGCCAAAUUGUCGACCCGCCGACCAGCCAAUUUGCAAGGGGCAUCAACAAACAAGACUCCAAGAACAGAACACACGAGCCCCUCCACUCUUAGCCGUCUCCGAUUGCUAUCGCACACGCUCUCCACUUUGCCACACACCCACGUCGGAUCAAAAGACGCUGAGACAUACCUUAGCCAACAAUGGGAGAGUCAAGAACUCGUCGCGUGGUUGAACAACCUCCUCCAGCUCAACAUCACCAAAGUCGAACAGUGCGGGACCGGGGCAGCGCUAUGCCAGGUCUUCGACAGCAUAUUCCUCGAUGUCCCCAUGUCGCGAGUCAAGUUCAAUGCGAAUACCGAGUAUGCAUACUUGCAGAAUUUCAAGAUAUUGCAGAACACAUUCGCCAAACACCAGAUCGAUAAGCCAAUCCGAGUCGAGUCGCUCGUCAAGUGCAAGAUGCAGGACAACCUCGAGUUUCUCCAGUUUGUCAAGCAAUACUGGGAUCAGCACUUCCCCGGCCACGACUACGACCCCGUCAGUCGACGCAAAGGAGCGGGCGGCCCUCCCAGCUCAGGCUCAGCGUCCCGCCCAGCCCCUGCCGCCGCCCGAAGAGCACCAGCUGCCAGCAACACGGCCGCGCCUAGGACACGCACACCGCUUGCUGCUGGAGGAGGCGCGGCUAGUGCGGCUCUGCGGGAGGAGAACGCACAGCUCAAGGAGACGGUCACGGGUCUGGAACGCGAGCGCGACUUCUACUUCAGCAAGCUGCGCGAUAUCGAGCUGCUGAUUCAGCAGGCCAUGGAGGCUGAUCCCGAGCUGGAAAAGGACGAGGGGCUGCUCAAGCAGAUUCAGAACAUCCUCUACUCGACCGAGGAGGGCUUUGAGAUUCCGCCAGAGGCCGAGGGUGCAGAGGAAGAGACGUUUUAG